CCACGCGCCGAGCAUCAUCGUCAUCAUCACCAUGCCUCGAGGAUUCUUGGUGAAGAGAAACCGGCGAUGUUCGGCGUCAUACCGAUCACGAAAUAACGGUAACAACGGUCCUGUAACAUAUGACAGUGAUAAGCCUGAAGGGACUAGACCGGAGGCGGUGAAGGAGGACGGUGUGUUGAGUGUCGGACUGCUCCCGGUGUCCCGCGAGGACUCCGCCGGUAUCAGGGAGGCGUGGAGCCCGCACGUGGAGUCCGCGCUGGAGGCAGAGGCGGACCGGCGCGCGCAGUUACCGGAGACCGAGGAGCAGGUGACCGACGUGGACGUUUUGACUCCCGGUGGUGACUUCUCCUGCUUCUUCCCACCUCCACCUCCUCCACGCGACUUCACUUUAAGCCCUGUCAAACCGGUUGGCACGAGACUGCUAGAGCAGCACGAGGAGGGAGAGAAGCAGCCGUUAUUCCCCGGCAGGUGCCUGACAUCCUCCCCGGUGUCAGAGCUGCCGGCAGAGUUACCGGAGCUGCCGUUCCUGGUGAGCUCCACGCCGACUUCUAUCGAGAGACUCCUCGCGAGCAGCAGCCGCCACCACGCGCCGUCCUACGGUCUCAAUGACAAAUACGACCCGAGUAUGGCUCACGUGCACCUGUUCCCGCCACUGACACUGAUGAAUCAGGAGCAGCAUCACGCUGAGAGGAAAGGCUCGUUCCUGGAACCGGAUCAGCGCGUGAACAACAACAGACACAACAAACCGGCGGCGGGAAACCCGUCCAAGAAACCCAAGGUGAACCGGAAACUGAACUUCGAGGAUGAGGUCACGACCUCGCCGGUUUUAGGUCUGCGGAUCAAGAAGGAGAGUCCGGAGCUGAGGAGGCACCGGGAAAAAUCGUCUGCUCUUAACGGGAACCCGCCGCUUGGAGAGUUCAUCUGCCAGCUGUGUAAAGAGGAGUACCCCGACCCUUUCUCCCUCGCGCAGCACAAGUGCUCCCGCAUAGUGCGCGUGGAGUACCGGUGCCCCGAGUGCGACAAAGUCUUUAGCUGUCCCGCCAAUCUAGCCUCUCAUCGGCGCUGGCACAAACCGCGUCCGGUCAACAACCGAGGAUGCGAGACUCCUACGAACAAGAGCCAGCCGUUAAAAGAGGCACGCGGGCCCAUUCAGCACGAGAGGCAGCCGGUAGAGAUGGAGGGAAAGGAGAACGAGCUGCUGCGCAUCAACACGAAUCAGCACCACGAGGCGCAGGACAGCUCCCGCGUCAGGCGCGAGCCUUCCCUGCUUCUGCUGCACGCUCGGUCUCGAGACAGCCCCGACAGCGACAGCCUCGCGCCUCCUCGCUAUGAUUCCUCGUGUCAUUACCGGAGCCCGGUAGAGAGCUGCUUGGACCUGCAGCAGCACGUGAGAGCGGCGGACAGUCCAGCCUCCAGCCUCCUUAUGUCUAACCCAGAGGAGCGCGCGGACCUGCCACAGCAGCAGCCGCACCCUCCUCUACCGUUCAUCCAGGCGUUACCGGAGGAGGACGUGUACGAGUGCCGGUACUGCGGGAAGAAGUUCCGCCGACAGGCUUACCUGAAGAAACACCUGGCCGCGCACGAGAUGACAGCGCGAGCCUCUCCUCCACCUUCAUCUUACGGGCAGGCGCGCGAGAAUAGUGGCGGACAGAACCAGGUCUUUCUGUGCCACCUGUGUGGCGCGCGCUUCCCGUCAGUUGAAAUCAGGGACAAGCACCGUCUGUGGCACGCGAUGAGGGACGAGUUACUGGCGGGGACACUGGGAGGAGGACUCAGACCAGACGUAUUCCACGUGCACAGAGAAGAGAGCGGCAGCGGGGAGCGCGAGCAGCAGCAACAGCAGCAGGUCUUCACGUGCAAGCACUGUCCGUCCACAUUCUUCAGCUCCCCGGGGCUCACGAGACACAUCAACAAGUCUCACCCCACCGAGAACCGGCAAGUGAUGCUGCUGCAGAUGGCAGUGCGACCGUAAAACGCGCGCGAGACACACACUUGAAAUCAUUUGGACAAACGAUCAGUCGAUGAUUAUUAUAUUAAGGACAAUGAGCUGUUUAGGUUUUCAUUUACACUGAAAUAUACGGUUCUGUUCCUUUUGUUUAAAGGUCAAUAUGCAUCCUGACUACUAAGCUGGCACACAUGUAAUUAUUAUAUCCAUGAUCAUAAUACAAACUGAUCACGUCGCUGAAACUAGACAAUUAAAUAGUUGUUCUGAACUGUCCAUGGUGCUGAAACUAACUUGAAACGUGUAUAAAUAAACCACGAUGCGCUGUCCAUGGUCCUGAAACCAUGUCCGCUUACAUGAGUGGACUCCUACAGUUCUCCACAUGUAGUUCUGAGUGUAAUUCCACCUUAAUGAGUGACACAAUCUCGCAUUUCUAUUAACUGAACAGAUGGCAGAUCUAAUAUGUUCCAUGAUCAAUUUAAGAAGCGUUAACAGCAGGAUUAUUAAGAUACAGACUUUAAAAUUGGAGUCUUAUCAAAGUGACCAGUAUUCUUGAAUGAUAUUGAAACUUUAGACAGAAUCAAAUUGUUUGUCGGUAUUUAUCUGGUUGUUUCAAGGAAGUCAUAAGUCAGACAUUGUCUCUAUAUUUCUACUCUCAUAUAGAGAAUAUAUCUAUCAAUAUUGGCACAGAGAACGCCAUCUUCAUUCAGCUUCUCUCGUUUCUCUCAGCACUCUGUAAAUGAUCUGACAUUCAAACACAGUAGCUCAACUGCUAUAGUUGGUAACAUCUUGAGAGGAUUACCUUUUGGACUGAGGACAAGUCACAAAGGAUGUUUUGAUUAUGACUAAUGAUAUUAAGAGACACUCACUUAACAUACAUUGACGCAAUGAUUGACACACUUCACUCAUGUCUGUGGCAAAGUAAUCUGAUUACACUGAUGCUCAGGAGGAGUCCAGUGUGUUACAUUACUGACUUGAGCCAGACCAUAAUCAAUGACCUGUAAUUACGUUUAGAAAGUGACCUUUCUUACCCUGAGAACUGGAGACAGAAUCAAUGUCCUGACUCCCGUUUUAAAGACCAUUUUCAUGUACAGUGAACAAUAAAAGAAUCAAACGAAAACAGAAAAUAAUCAAAUAGACCAUAAUAUGCCUUUUAUAGUAAAUGUGCCAAUUGAUUUCUCAGCUAUAAAAUAUUUUGAUACAGAAAUGAAGCAUUUAAUGUUAGUACAGCUAGUAAAAAAUGUCUUUUGUCUUUAUUGAUUAUAAAUUACUGUUGGAGAUAUUUGCUAAAAUGCCUUCAUGAUGCUAAAAAUGUAAUUGUAGUUGAAUGAAUGAAUGAAUGGAUUUAUUUGAUGAUAUAACACUGCACUACAGUCUUUACACACAUUAAAAAUCACCGAGGGUGAAAACACAAUACCGCCUGAAGGCUUAUUUCCACUGCGGUCCUUUAGUCUGACACUUAACACACAACAAGAUAGAAGCAAAACAAGACAGCAAGCGAAGACAACACAAUCAACAAAUAAACAGCAGGCGGCGGGGUAGCUAUGACAACAUGCUCAUGGUUUGUUUUCUUAGUCAUAAAAAGUUUAAAUUGUUCUAUGAAGCCUAUACAGUACUAUUUUGAUAUGUUUGAUGUUGAAUGUGAAAUCUAAAUUAUUGUCAAUAAAUGUUCAUUAAGAUCAAUGGGCGUUGUGCACUGUCAACCUUUUACAUACACUCACAUACACACAUUAAAGCAGUCGGUGGUACGAAUCGUUUAUUGUCAAAUUCCAUCAUCGCACAUCCACGCUGUCUGUGUGUGAAACAGACGUUACACAUGUUUACAUACAUACUACAGGUUUGACAGUAACAUAGGUUGCGGAGUGUGUAUGUGUGUGUUGUGAUACAGCUGUUGUGAUACACGGUCAACACAUGCAGUUAGUACUGAACUGGCGUCAUGCAGUAUGUAUAGUCAGUAGUUACAUACAUCAGCCUUGUCCCACACUGACGUCUGGACAACAGCUGAACCCGUAUCCAUCACUGCCCUCACAGUCAGAGCAUCCAUCUACACAGACACACAAGUUCCAAUUUUUUUUUUUAUUUGUGAACGGCGAUUUCUGUGGUUGUUACGGCUGUUUAAGCAGCGGGAAAUAAAGGGAAUCUGAUUUCCCCCCCUUUUUAGAAAAAAAAAGAAAGAAAGAGAUCAGAUUUGGGCCAAAGAGGCAGAAAAAUAAAUCUCUCUACCUAAAUACAGUGACUCAGUGUAGUUGAUUUUUAAUAAUGCUGAAAGGCUUUGAGUUACUUAGGAUUUCUAUAGAUUUUGGUUGCUUCUAAGGAGAUUUUUUAAACUUCACACACCCAUUUCCAAUCAUACAUCUGAGUUCAGUUGUGCUGUGUAAGCAGAUCAUUUGGAGUUUACUUCCAAACACUGAAAUCCUCAGGAGUAUUUGCUAUCUGUAAAACAACAUUGAAGUAUGUGAAUUUCCCCAUUUUUACCCUUGGGACUUGAAAGCAGCAUCAUGACUGGAGCCAUCAUGUGAAGUCACUGGUGUUUUAACACAAAGAGGAUGUGAACUUCAGGUGGAAGGAGUGUAAGUAAGCAGGGUGUUGCUGUGUGUUUAAGGUUCUGGGACGGAGUCUAGGAUGUGGCUGGGUAAAGAAGUGACAUGUGACUAAGUGAAUAACAUCCUAGGAGUGAGUGUGGGACAUAGUGUCUGACUGGCAGGUGAGCAGCAGUGUAUAUACAGCAUGUACAGAUCAGUCCUGGGGUGAACUGGGGCUACUAGACCACGUGUCUUGACCAAUCAGCGGGUGCUUCAACCUCAGAGUCCAUUCACUUGCUCAUUAGUAAUAAAAAGUACAUGAGCAACAAUAAUUUAAAGGGAAAACUCAAAUCUCAGCUGACUUCAAAUAUUCACACACAAAGUAGCAUGAAUUUGACCUUAUUUUACAAUGUCAUUUUUAAAAUUGAUCAAUGUCAACCCUGCAGAAGGUCCAAAAAAAAUCUGUUUACAAUCCCUCUCCUCUCUGUGGAGGAUAUGUCUGGAAAAAAAAAAAACAUUAAAGUGAAACAGAAGAAACAGCCCGUGUAACACACUCAGAUUAAGCAGUGAAGCAUUAUGCAAAACCUUUAUAACACGUAUCUCUACUGUCACAUACAGAUCUUUCAUAUACAGUAUGUAGGUUUCCUUUAUAAGGGAUCACGUGGAUGAACGAAAAACCCUGGAAAACCACAGCCAUGAUUAUUAUGAAAAUAGUGAUAAUUAAGCUUUGGAAUGAGUGUUUGAGGCCACUGAGGUGUAAUAAAUCAAGCACACCUCAAGUACUUCAACCAUACAAACUAAUUUGAAUAUUUGUGACUUGUGUUUGUGUUGAGUCUGACUGAUGGAGUGCUCGAAUGAAGACGUUAAACACACAAAAAAAAAAAUCCUCUAUGGUAGUGUUAGAUUUUUGAUUACAUGCGGAUCCCCUCAAUCCAGAGCUGGAGCUGGGGAUGAGUCUAAAUACAAGAGCGGAGUAAAAAAAACAAAACAACAAAAACGGAAAAGAAAAGCAUUCAUACAAGUUGCCAUCUCUAAUUUCUCCCCCUCUUUGGACUUGAAUAUACAGAAUCUUUCUUUUUUACGCUUUGAUUUUCCUUUUUCACCACUAAAACCGCCUCGAACAGAAAGACACUUGGCCUUAUUUAACAACAACAACAAAAAAAGAAACA